AUGAAAUAAUUGAUUCUAGUCCUUCUGCUAGUUGCUGUUGCCAACUAAACAAAAUCAAAUGAUUAAAUGACUUUAGGAAGAGGUAUGAAUAAACAUUAUCAAAAGAAUUGAAAUUAGAAGAAGCAUUUCAUUUAAGUAUAGAUCGAUUCAAUUGUGAAAUGGAGCCAAGAUUCUACGAUUUUGUCAUCCAAGAGCUUUUUAAAUGGGUCGAUAUUAUUGAUAAUCAAUAAAAAUUACAGACCGAUCUCUAAAUAAUUGAAUAAAUAGUUAAAUUAGUGGAAAAAGUUAAGCAUAUUGAAGGAAUUUAGCAAGGUAAUAAUUUAUGAAAUUAUAUACAGAAAUGUUUUUACAAAUUAGUGAAAGACUUUCAUCAUCAGUCUUGGAAAUCUCCCUAGCUCAAGAAUAAAGUAAUUGGGCAAAAUUUAGUAUUGAUGAAAUAUUAUAAUAAAUGAGGGAAUUUUCUUAGGUUACUACAUAAAAUGAAAGAGCUACAAAAGCAAAUACAAUAAUUAAAAAUUUAUAUAAUAUGGAACGACAACUGGAAUAAUAUUUAAAUUAGAGUUAUUAAUAUCAAAAUAGUUAAGAAUUGUAUAAAAAAAUAUAAGAGCUUUAGAAUAAAAAAGAGUUAUGUUAAAGCUAAUAUCCAAAAGACUAUACUGGGUCAACAAGAUUAAAACCAGGAAGAUCAGAUUUAGCCGAGUCCGAUGAUCCAAGAUUUGAUAAUUAAUCAUCCCACUAAUAAGCAGCAAAUCAGGACAAACCAUUUUAAGCUAACCCAAAUUAUCAAGGAUCUCCAAAGGAAUCCAGAUAACCUUCAACUAGAUUACCACCAGGUCGAUCUGAUUAAUUGGAAUCUAUUGAUCCGAGAUAUGAUAAUUAAUCAUCUCACUAAUAAGCAGCAAAUCAAGACAAACCCUUUUAAUCAAAUCCAAAUUAUCAAGGAGGUCCUAAAGAAUUGAGAUAGCCAUCAACUAGACUUCCUCCAGGGAGAUCAGAUUAACCAGAAUCUAAUGAUCCAAGAUACGACAAUUAAUCAUCUCAUUAGUAAGCAGCAAAUUAAGACAAACCCUUUUAAUCAAAUCCAACAUAUUAAGGAGCUCCAAAAGAAUCGAGAUAACCUUCAACUAGACUUCCUCCAGGGAGAUCAGAUUAAUUGGAAUCUAUUGAUCCGAGAUAUGAUAAUUAAUCAUCUCACUAAUAAGCAGCAAAUCAAGACAAACCCUUUUAAUCAAAUCCAAAUUAUCAAGGAGGUCCUAAAGAAUUGAGAUAGCCAUCAACUAGACUUCCUCCAGGGAGAUCAGAUUAACCAGAAUCUAAUGAUCCAAGAUACGACAAUUAAUCAUCUCAUUAGUAAGCAGCAAAUUAAGACAAACCCUUUUAAUCAAAUCCAACAUAUUAAGGAGCUCCAAAAGAAUCGAGAUAACCUUCAACUAGACUUCCUCCAGGGAGAUCAGAUUAAUUGGAAUCUAUUGAUCCGAGAUAUGAUAAUUAAUCAUCUCACUAAUAAGCAGCAAAUCAAGACAAACCCUUUUAAUCAAAUCCAAAUUAUCAAGGAGGUCCUAAAGAAUUGAGAUAGCCAUCAACUAGACUUCCUCCAGGGAGAUCAGAUUAACCAGAAUCUAAUGAUCCAAGAUACGACAAUUAAUCAUCUCAUUAGUAAGCAGCAAAUUAAGACAAACCCUUUUAAUCAAAUCCAACAUAUUAAGGAGCUCCAAAAGAAUCGAGAUAACCUUCAACUAGACUUCCUCCAGGGAGAUCAGAUUAAUUGGAAUCUAUUGAUCCGAGAUAUGAUAAUUAAUCAUCUCACUAAUAAGCAGCAAAUCAAGACAAACCCUUUUAAUCAAAUCCAAAUUAUCAAGGAGGUCCUAAAGAAUUGAGAUAGCCAUCAACUAGACUUCCUCCAGGGAGAUCAGAUUAACCAGAAUCUAAUGAUCCAAGAUACGACAAUUAAUCAUCUCAUUAGUAAGCAGCAAAUUAAGACAAACCCUUUUAAUCAAAUCCAACAUAUUAAGGAGCUCCAAAAGAAUCGAGAUAACCUUCAACUAGACUUCCUCCAGGGAGAUCAGAUUAAUUGGAAUCUAUUGAUCCGAGAUAUGAUAAUUAAUCAUCUCACUAAUAAGCAGCAAAUCAAGACAAACCCUUUUAAUCAAAUCCAAAUUAUCAAGGAGGUCCUAAAGAAUUGAGAUAGCCAUCAACUAGACUUCCUCCAGGGAGAUCAGAUUAACCAGAAUCUAAUGAUCCAAGAUACGACAAUUAAUCAUCUCAUUAGUAAGCAGCAAAUUAAGACAAACCCUUUUAAUCAAAUCCAACAUAUUAAGGAGCUCCAAAAGAAUCGAGAUAACCUUCAACUAGACUUCCUCCAGGGAGAUCAGAUUAAUUGGAAUCUAUUGAUCCGAGAUAUGAUAAUUAAUCAUCUCACUAAUAAGCAGCAAAUCAAGACAAACCCUUUUAAUCAAAUCCAAAUUAUCAAGGAGGUCCUAAAGAAUUGAGAUAGCCAUCAACUAGACUUCCUCCAGGGAGAUCAGAUUAACCAGAAUCUAAUGAUCCAAGAUACGACAAUUAAUCAUCUCAUUAGUAAGCAGCAAAUUAAGACAAACCCUUUUAAUCAAAUCCAACAUAUUAAGGAGCUCCAAAAGAAUCGAGAUAACCUUCAACUAGACUUCCUCCAGGGAGAUCAGAUUAACCAGAAUCGAGUGAUCCAAGAUAUGAUACUUAAUCAUCUCACUAAUAAGCAGCAAAUUAAGACAAACCCUUUUAAUCAAAUCCAACCUAUUAAGGAUCUCCAAAAGAAUAAAGAUAGCCUUCAACCAGAUUACCUCCUGGGAAGUUUGAUUAAUAAGAAUCUAACGACCUUAGAUAUGAUCAUCAAUCAUCUCAUUAGUAAACUGCUAAUCAAGAUGAACCUUUUUAGUCAAAUCCAAAAUAUAAAUAGUUAAGACAUUAAAAAAUUGUGCAUUUACAUAAUGAAUAUGAAGGCGAAGUUUCAAUUGCCUUUGAAGAUUAAGUUUGUCCAUAAGGGGAGGAGGAUGAUACACCAUUUAAUAGAAAUGUUGACGAAGAUGAUGAUAAAGAAUAUUCUAGACAGAUUGAAUAAGACAGCGAAGAAGAAGAAGAAGAAGAAGAAGAAGAAGAAAAAGAAAGUUAAUAUAAUGAAGAGCAGGUUGACUCUCAAAGUACAGAAGAUGGACAGGGGGUGUAAUAAUCAGAGGAAACAGAAAUCGAAGAAGAAGUUAUUGUGAAAAAAAGUAACCCAUAACUUCAAUCUCCUAGAUUACCAAAAUAACAAACAUAAAAAUAAAGUGGCUCAUAAUAAUAAUAAUAAAGAGCAUAAGCAUCAUAAGAAGAACCUAAAGAAUAAUAGCCUUCAUAAUAAGAAGAACCUAAAGAAGUAGAGGAAGAAGUUAUUGUUAAAAAAAGUAACCCAUAACUUCAAUCUCCUAGAUUACCAAAAUAACAAACAUAAAAAUAAAGUGGCUCAUAAUAAUAAUAAUAAAGAGCAUAAGCAUCAUAAGAAGAACCUAAAGAAUAAUAGCCUUCAUAAUAAGAAGAACCUAAAGAAGUAGAGGAAGAAGUUAUUGUUAAAAAAAGUAACCCAUAACUUCAAUCUCCUAGAUUACCAAAAUAACAAACAUAAAAAUAAAGUGGCUCAUAAUAAUAAUAAUAAAGAGCAUAAGCAUCAUAAGAAGAACCUAAAGAAUAAUAGCCUUCAUAAUAAGAAGAACCUAAAGAAGUAGAGGAAGAAGUUAUUGUUAAAAAAAGUAACCCACAACUUCAAUCUCCUAGAUUACCAAAAUAACAAACAUAAAAAUAAAGUGGCUCAUAAUAAUAAUAAUAAAGAGCAUAAGCAUCAUAAGAAGAACCUAAAGAAUAAUAGCCUUCAUAAUAAGAAGAACCUAAAGAAGUAGAGGAAGAAGUUAUUGUUAAAAAAAGUAACCCACAACUUCAAUCUCCUAGAUUACCAAAAUAACAAACAUAAAAAUAAAGUGGCUCAUAAUAAUAAUAAUAAAGAGCAUAAGCAUCAUAAGAAGAACCUAAAGAAUAAUAGCCUUCAUAAUAAGAAGAACCUAAAGAAGUAGAGGAAGAAGUUAUUGUUAAAAAAAGUAACCCACAACUUCAAUCUCCUAGAUUACCAAAAUAACAAACAUAAAAAUAAAGUGGCUCAUAAUAAUAAUAAUAAAGAGCAUAAGCAUCAUAAGAAGAACCUAAAGAAUAAUAGCCUUCAUAAUAAGAAGAACCUAAAGAAGUAGAGGAAGAAGUUAUUGUUAAAAAAAGUAACCCACAACUUCAAUCUCCUAGAUUACCAAAAUAACAAACAUAAAAAUAAAGUGGCUCAUAAUAAUAAUAAUAAAGAGCAUAAGCAUCAUAAGAAGAACCUAAAGAAUAAUAGCCUUCAUAAUAAGAAGAACCUAAAGAAGUAGAGGAAGAAGUUAUUGUUAAAAAAAGUAACCCACAACUUCAAUCUCCUAGAUUACCAAAAUAACAAACAUAAAAAUAAAGUGGCUCAUAAUAAUAAUAAUAAAGAGCAUAAGCAUCAUAAGAAGAACCUAAAGAAUAAUAGCCUUCAUAAUAAGAAGAACCUAAAGAAGUAGAGGAAGAAGUUAUUGUUAAAAAAAGUAACCCUCAACUUCAAUCUCCUAGAUUACCAAAAUAACAAACAUAAAAAUAAAGUGGCUCAUAAUAAUAAUAAAGAACAUAAGCUUAAUAACCUGCAUCAUAAGAAGAACCUAAAGAACAAUAAACUUUAUAAUAAGAAGAGCCUAAAGAAGUAGAGGAAGAAGUUAUUGUGAAAAAAAGUAACCCUCAACUUCAAUCUCCUAGAUUACCAAAAUAACAAACAUAAAAAUAAAGUGGCUCAUAAUAAUAAUAAUAAAGAGCAUAAGCAUCAUAAGAAGAACCUAAAGAAUAAUAGCCUUCAUAAUAAGAAGAACCUAAAGAAGUAGAGGAAGAAGUUAUUGUUAAAAAAAGUAACCAAAAACUUUAAUCUCCAAGAUUACCAAAAUAACAAACAUAAAAAUAAAGUGAUUCAUAAUCAUAACAAAAAUCACAAGCUUAAGAACCAUAAUAAGCUGUUGAAAACCAGCAUGAAUUGAAAACUGAAGAUCCAGCUCCAGAGACUAGCAAUUAAUAAAUUAAAGAAGCUGAGGAAUUAAAAAAUGAUGAUAUUCCUGCAGAAGCUCAAGGAUCAUCGAAUUAAGAGGAUAAUAAUGAUUAUGCAGAUGAAGACUCAAAAGAUCCUGAUGGUAAUUAACUUGCAUAAGAAGGAGAGCCUUAAGAUAUUGAAGAAGGAAAAGAAGAAUAUGUAGAAGUUGAAGUAGAAGUUGAAGAAGAAGUUCCAGACGGAAAAGGAGGAAAGAAAAAGAUUAAAAAAUUAGUGAAGAAACUUGUUAAAAAAACCAAAUAAAAGUUAGCUAAAUUAGGAAAAAAUAUUAAAAAAUCUGUUAUUAAAAAACCAUCCUCUCAAAAUCAAGCAAAAAAUGAUUCAACUGAAUAAUCAAAAAGCGAAGGAUAAAUUCCAUUAACUACAUCAACUACCUCAUCAAAACCAAUUUAAAAAAAAAUUCUUUUCAAUUCAGGCUCUGAUACAUAAAUGGAAACAGAAGAGUAAGAGAAUUCUUAAAUCAGCUCUUAACCGGAAGAUAAUUAUUUUUACUUUGAGGAAUUUGAAGACAAAAUUAUCUAUUAUGAAUUUGAUCCAGUUGAUAACGCAUUCAAAAAAUCGUCUGUAGUUCAAAAAACUAAAAAUUAGAGAUCAUUAAUUAUACAAUCCUGGGAUGACUAGUUUGAUUCAUUCUCAAAUGAAGAAAGCUAGGAUAAUAAUGGAAAACAAGAAGGUGACUAAGAUACAGCCACUGAAUAGGAUGAAUAGAAAUAAUAAAAGAACAAGAAACCUCAGGCAGAAUCUGAAAAAUAAUAAGAUAAUUCAUAGAAAUAAUAAUCAUAAGAAAGUUUUAAAUCUGAUAUUAAUAGUUAAAAAUAGAAAGAAUAGCAAUCAACUAAUUAGUUAAGUGAUUAAUAAAAUCCAGUAAUAAAUAGUAAGGAAGAAAAAAAUCCUAAAGAGGCUAGCUAACUUGUUUCUGAUUUAUUAAAACAUGAAAAAACAAAAGUCGAAGAAACAUAGAACAAGGAAAAUAAAUAAAUAGCUAAAGAAAUAGAAAGAGAUAGCUCUAUUAAAAUACAUUCUCUAAAGGAUGAAUACAAUUCUAAUGAGCCUACUUAAUAUAUUCCUCCUAAACAUAAGAUAAACACAAGACCAUCAUAAGAAAAAAUAAUUAUUCCUGUGUCAACCAAAUACGUUUCUAGUGCAUUUGAUGGAGAACCAGCUGAGCAAUAUGAAUUUGCAGAUCGGGAAAUGCUUUAGGAUUCAGAUGAGUAUGGAUAUGGAUUUUGGUUAAGAUACACAGAAAGUGCUCCUAAAUUACAUUCUCGUUAAGCUUAAACCUUUUAUUUUAUCUCGAGAUUGACAUCUAAUUAAGAUUAUAAAGAUUUCACAUUUUAUGGAGAUAGAACCCUGUCCAUCUUUUUAUUAGAGAAUACUUUUGUUUUCUCAACUUAUGACCAUGGAGAUAAAAAAAAGGUAAAGGACUCCGUUGUUGCUCUAAAUGAAGAAUUAGAAAGCAUGUGGUAUUUCAUAACUUUCUCUUACAGUUUGGCUAAAAAGUCAGCUAUUGGUUUUGUAUUAGGUUAUGGAAAUAAUGGUAAGCUCUUGAAAACAGAAAUAUCAUGUUUACAUGUACCUCCCACCUAUUUUAAGUUAAUAAUAGGAGGCAAACAUCUUGCUUAUUAAGGAUUUAAUGGAUAAUUUGCUAAUAUCUUCUAUGAUAUAGAUGCCCCAGCAUUUAUAGACUCUGAGUAAAAAUUAAACGAAUUGAUAAAGACUGUAAGCAAUCCUCCACAAGCAGUUAAUAGUUUGACUGAUUUGGAAGUUUUAACAACUCCUAUAUAAUUUAGUGCUAAUGAUAAAGGAGAUUCUUAAGAAUUGAAUCCAUAAGAAUCUUCUCUAAUCAUCGAGGAGUAUAGCAUAGCAGGUUGGUUUAGAUGGAUUGAUGAUUUAAAAGUUGAUGAAUAAAAUACUUUCUAAAUAUUUAAUUUAAGAUCAACUCAAAAAAAACAACCUAAUAAAGGUGUGUUAGGAGACAGAGCCUUAGAAAUUCAUUACACAUAUGGUGGAGGAGCAAAGAGCACAGUCUAUUUUAAUACUUAUACAAUAUAAGGUAAUAAAGCAAAAGGUUCAUCAUACAUUUCAAAAAAUGUUGAAUCUCCAAAUUUGAUUUGGACCUAUGUAUAUUUUGGAUAUGAUAACGAUAAAUUAAAAACUUUUGGAGCAUUAAUUAGACCAGGUAAAGCAGAUGAAGUUGUUUUGGACCCAAUAUAACACAAAUUAGUAACGAAAUUGUAUUUCACUAUUGGAGGAGAUGAAUAAAUAUCUUCAUUUAACGGAAAGAUUGGAUAUGUUGGAAUAUAUUUAGGACCAGGAGCAUUUAAAUAGAGUCUUGAUUUUGGUUAAUAAUAUUUCUAUGGUGACGGAGCUGUUGGAGUUUAUCAACUUGUGAAACCAAUACAAUACAAGGAUGAUGCAUCAGACCCAAAUUAGGUUAGAGACUCUUAAUACGAUGCUGAAUAGCCAAUAGUUGACAAAAUCUUAUUGCAUGAUGAUAAUAAAUUGAGACUGAAUGGUUAAAGUGAAUAUUCAUUCGGUUUGUGGACAAGGUGGCUAUAGACUUUACCUAAAUUUUUAGCCUCAAGAGGAGCUGUACACAAUAUAGCAAGAUUUGGUACAGCACCUUAUUUAAUUGAACAAGUAGAUGGAAAAUUAAAGCGUGCAAAUACUAGACCUUCAACAGAAAAAGACCAAACUCUAGCAGUUACAUUAAGUAAGGAUGCUUAUGAGUUUUAUACUUACAAGGCCAAAGAUGAAAUUUAGUUUGAUAAUAUUGAAGGUUCUUGGAAUUACGUUUACUUUGGUUAUAAGAGAGUUGGUAAUAAUGGUAUAGCCAAGGGAUAUGUUUAGUUUGGAUUAGAGGGAGAAAUCAAAGAGGUAGUUUUUGAUAUUUUGCAUGAUUUCCUCUUGGAAUAUGUUGAAUUUGUUAUUGGAAAAAGUUAAGCUCCUCUUUUCAAUGGAUAAUUAUGUAAGAUUUAAUGUUCCAUCGGUCCAGGAUCUUAUAUAAGUUCAACUGAUGAUUUAAAAUUAUAUACAUAAAACACUCUUCCAGAUAAGGCUCAAAUUCGUCCCAUAAGCAGAUAAACUCAAUAAUUAAUUGGAACACCAGUUGAUUAACCCAGUUAGAAAUUUUAAUUUGAUAAGUUCCAGGGUAUUAAAGAAUAUAGCAUCUCUGGAUGGGUAAAGUGGAGCGGAGCAUAGAAACUUGGAAAAACAUUCCACAUUGCAUCAAUGGCUUAAAAGAAAUUAGAUGAUCUAAAUGGUAAAUUUGAAUAGACUUUACAAAUCCUGAGAUCUGAUUAAUCAUACAAUUUUAACACAUAUUCAUGCAAAGGAGAUGAUUGCUCAGGCGUGGUUACAUAAGAAUAGCAAUUAGGAGAAUACUGGGAUUAAUGGACCUAUAUUUAUUAUGGUUAUUCAUAGGUAAUGAAGAAAACAUUUGGAUAUGUUAAAUUCACAUUUACUGAUGCUAAAUUCAAUUAAGAUUAGGUGACUCAUUUUUAUGUAGCAGUUUUUUCAAUUAUCAUUUCUUCUGAAGAAUAGAAAUUUUAAGGAUCCAUGAAGACUUGGGUUAUAAAUGUAGGUGAAGGCUCAUAUAGAGAAGGCAAUUUUGAUUCAGAUGAGAACAUUAAAGUGCAUUUUGGAUUUGUUAGUGGAACUGAUCAUAUUAAAUUGGAAUAGGCGGGAUAAGAAGCUCAUCAUAAUGAAUAAGUUCUUGAAUGUGGGGCAAGUGAAAAGGAUGUUCCUUUGCAUGUUCAAUUUGAACAAAGUGAAAAGUUACAUCUCCAUGGUGUCAGUGAAUAUGGUUACGGAUUUUGGGCUAGAUUCUAGCAUUUUGGUAAGAAAGGCAUUUUGUAUUAAUAACCCUAAUGGAUGGGUCUAGCAAGAUUGACAUCAUAAAAAGACUAUAAGGACUUUGAAUAACCUGGAGACAGAGUGUUAUUGAUCCUCUAAGGUAAAGGUGUUCAUCAUUUUUCAACUUAUAAUGUGCAACCUUAGUCCAACAAUGUAAAUGGAAACAUUCCAUAUUUAAUUGAAUCAGAAAGUGAAUGGACUUACAUUUAUUUCAGUUAUAAAAGAAUAUCCUAAACAGUUGGACAUGCAGUUGCUUUUACUUCAUAUAAUGACAUUACAGCUGGUAUUUAAAUGGAUGUUCUUCAUAAUUUAUUGUAAGAUUAUUUGUAAUUAACCGUUGGUCAUGCAGGUAAAUUCUAUCCUAAUUUCAAUGGGCAAAUAACUACAGUGAGAUUUAACCUUGGUCCUGGAGCCUUUAUUGAUAAUAAAUAAGGCAUUUUGGCAAGAAUUAAGAAUAAAGAUCCAAAGCCAGAAAUAAUUUCAAAUCAAAAAUAAUUUGAAGUUAUUGCAGGAAAGCAAGAUGCUACCAAUCUGAAAAUUGAAAAUCCCAUUGUUAUUGAAUAAGAAGCAAGAGAAUAUUCGGUUUAAUUAUGGUUUAGAUGGUUUAAGACUGCAACAAAACCAAAUUAAGUAAUUUACAGAUUAACAUCUAAUAAAGGAGAAGAUGAUGCUAAAAAUAUCGGUGAUAAAGCAUUAAUGCUUGCUCAUAUUGGAACAGCCUUAUUCAGCACAUAUUCAUUGUAAGAUUACACUUUAAAUAUUCCAUACGAAUGCAAUAUACCUAAAUAGUAAUUGGAGAUUUGGACCUUUGUUUACUUUGCUUACUCCAAGAAGGAGAGAAAGAUCCAAUAUUAUCUAAGAGCAGAUACUCAUGAAAAUAAAGGUCUUGAGCCAGUUUUACAUGCUGUGGCUUCGAAAUAUCUGUUAUUUGUUGCAAGAGAUGGACUUUUGGAAAACUACUCUAGCAGAUUAGCAUAACUUACAGUCAACUUUGGAGAAGGAGCAUUCAGAAAUGAUAAUUUCCUUUAGUUACCAGUUUAUAUUUUAGCACCUAAAUUGUUUUCAUAAGAGAAAAUUCACAAGUGGGAAAAAGGUGAGAAAUUAAUACUUGGAUAAUCUUAGACAAUUAGGUUUAAUGAUCAACCAGAUAAACCUAUCGAAUCUAUGUAAGAAUAUAGCAUUGGAUUCUGGUGCAGAUUCUUGUAAGCUUGGCCAGAAAGAUAGUAUAGAUUACCACUUGAAAUGCAAUUAGUUAGAUUGACUUAUAAUGAAAAACUAGAGGUUGGAAAAGUAGCUCUUGGAGAUAGAAUUUUGGCUUCUCACCUUGUAUAGAGUGGAUUUUAAUUUUCAACUUAUGAUUUAAAUGAUGAUGCUCCUAAUGAAUUACACCAAAUUCCUAAUUAGAGAAUUGAAGGCUAAUGGCAUUAUAUUUAUAUGGGAUAUAUCAGAUCUAAAUAAGUAGCAUCCUUCUUUGUCUACGAUGGUUAAGAUAUGUAAUCAGCCAAGAAUUAAGAUGCUUUACAUAAACCCCUUGGGGAUUUUGUCAUUUUACACAUUGGUGGAGAACCAGAAGUUCCAUCUUUCUAAGGAAUAAUGAGUAAGAUAGCUCUAAGCUUCGGACCUGGAGCUUUCUUUGGUUUGGCAGAGGAGGUCAAAAAAACAAUUGAUAAUUCAUAUGCAUUAGAUUAAUCUCUAACAGUAGGAUUUAUCCAUAAAGAGAAGCAUGGAUAAUAAGAGUUAAUAGGUAAAUUAGAAAGCGUAACAGAUGAAAUAGGAGGAACAGAAUUAAAGGGAGAGACAUGGUCAUCUGUUGGUGAAUAUGCAAUUAGUGGAUGGUUCAAGGCAUCUGAAGUAAGUGGAUAAAGUGCUAAUGAUUGCUAAGUAUUAUUUAGGGUUACCAAUAAUGAUCGAGAGCAUUUAAAUGAUAAGAGAUCUUAAGGAGAUAGAACAUUAUUUGCAUCUGUUUGUGUUGAUUCCCUUAGAUUGUCAACUUAUACAUUGAGUGGAUUGAAGGAUUGGAAUGAGGCUAAAUUUUUAGAAGAAAAUGUGCCAUUAGGUCCUAAUAAGAGAGCAUGGAUUUAUAUUUAUAUGGGUUAUAAUGAAGACAUAUAAGAAGUACAUGCACUAGUUCACUUAUUUGAGGAAGACAAGCCUUUGAUAUUCAAAGGAGUUUAGCAUUUUGUUCCACAUUAUACUGGAAUUUAUGUAGCUAAAGAUCCAUUUACUAAGAGAUUUUAAGGUGAAAUUUAGCAAUGGGUGGCCUCUUACGGAUUUGGAGCAUUUGUGAGUGUAUAAAAGAGAGGUUAUGAAGAUCUAUUACUUAAUUAUAAUGCUCUGGCAAUUAAUCAAAAGUACAUGUGGUUCAAUAAAGAAGAUAAAGUUGUUGAGACAGAAAAAACAAUAGUAUAAGAAUUUACUUCGGAAGCUGAAUCAGUUGAUGAAUAUUCUAUCGGAUUAUGGACUAGAUGGUUAGUAUCUUUCCCAACAACUUUAACUGAGAGAUAACCACAACACAAUAUUUUCAGAUUCUCAUCUAAUAAGUAAGAUUAGGAUAAGAGUGAAUUAGGUGAUAGAGUACUUGCUGCAUACCUAACCAUAGGUAAUUAUGAAUUUAGCACAUAUGAUAUAAACAAACCUUCUAAUGCUCUAGAUGCUAAAUUACCAUAUGUAGAAUUAGAAGGAACUUGGACUUAUGUUUAUGCAGCUUACAAGAGCGGACAAUUUUAUGGCAUGGUUCUGUUCAGAGAAUAAUAGAAGGCAUAGCAUGUUGAACUUUAAGUUUAACAUAGAGCAUUGACAGGUUAUGCUAAAUUUGUUAUGGGGGCAAAAGAGUUUGGAAGGAAAGGAUUCCAUGGUUGGUUAUUCGACCCAAGAAUCUUUUUAGGAACUGGGGCAUUCAUAAAUGAAGGCUAGAAAGUUGUUGAUAUGGUCUUAAAACUUCAUCGCAAAUUACCAGUACCAGCUCUUGAUGCAGAAGACUUUAAAUGGCCAGUAAAUAUUAUUGAUACAACAUUGUCUGAUGAUAUUAAUGAUAAAAAAGACAAAUUAUAAUUUGCUUUCACCAACAAAGUAGGUCUCUUAGAAUACAGUUUCGGAUUUUGGAUGCAAAAUGGCGUUUUAUAACCUGAAAUGUCAGAUGAUUUAAGAGGACUUGUUAGACUGACUACUAAUAAUGAAGGUUCAGAUGAACGAUACAUUGGAGAUAGAACAUUAGCAGUUUUCACCAAGGUUGAGUAGUUGGUUGCAUGCACUUACACACUUAAAGACCCUUCUUUCGAACCAGUUUCACAUUAAUUCGAUUUGAUUCCUUAUUAAUGGACUUAUGUGUACUUUGGAUACACAUAAGGAAAAGCUAGAGCUUAUGUUUUAGGAAUCAAAGGACCCUCAGAGUAAAUCUUCUCAGUAAAACAUGCAGUUCCAAAUGCAUUCUAUUUAAAUGUCAUUAAAGAUCAAUCCCAUCCUCUAUUUUAUGUAUGAUUAAUAUAAUAUUCUUAGGGUAAAUUCUAUGGAUUAAAAGUCAAUUUCGGCUAAGGUAGCUAUAUAGAAAAUCCUUAAGAAAUGAUAGAGAAAUGGCCCUAUGAUCCUAAAACUUUACCAGUUCCUGAACCAAAGGAAGAGAAAGUAUUAGCUCUUAAUUCUGCAAAAGUAGAUAGAGCUCCAAAUACUUAACAUGAGUAAUUCAAAGAAUGA